AUGCCUCCCAAACGAAUCAGAGUGUCCGAAGGAUCGUGCUGGAGAUGUAAAGACCGUCGAGUCUUGUGCGACGUGAAAAAGCCAGUGUGUGCGCGCUGUGAGGCUGCUGGUACCAAAUGCGAAUAUGGCGUACGCUUGAAGUGGGCGAAUGGAGUCGCAGCUCGAGGACGCUUUGCAGGUCAACUGCUACCUGUUCAAUCACCUACACCGCCACCUCGAAUUCGGUCUCCAUCGAUGCCUGACGAUUGGCAAGUGCUUUACUUCUCCCGGGAGGUCCUUCCAAGAUUCAGUCUUAUGGACGGCGGACCUGGUAUCGACCCAGCAUGGCUUGUCACCGACUCGUCCAUUCACCAAGCAGUCAUCGCUGUCGCAAACGCUCAUCGAUUGUUCAAGAAUCAUGCCGUUCAGGAUGAGACUUUGUCACUGAUCAAACAAGCGCGAUUGACGGCUAUACGAUCACUACGAACACGACUUCAGGACUCUUUCGAUCUAGCACACGCCGUCACUUUCCCCUCUAGCGUUUUGCUUUGUAUGCUGGAUGGUAUCAUAGAACCGCAAGAGGAUGGUCCCGCAGCAGCUUUCCAUCUUCGUGGCGGACGCGCGAUUCUCCAACACGGAAACCACCUCACAGAGGUUUCUUCGAACAAAUCAGGGCCAAUGUCGUUACUACUUUCAGUCUACGCCACCAUGGAUCUGACUUACGCGAUAAUGGGUGGAGAGGCACCACAUCUCGGCCCAGAUAUCUGGCUUCAGCUAGCUGAUGGCGAAGCAUGGUGGACAGGCAUCAGUGACGAUCACGCUUUUGUCGAUAUCAUGGCACUGUUCGCGCAACUAGCCCAACUCGGCCACCAAGCCCGCAUCACCGGCCUUCCAGUCCCAGUACGGGAAUUACUCGAGAUUCAACUCACACUUGGGAGGACCGAAACUCGGCUUGAUAAUUUGUCAGUAACGUCUUUGGCAGAAGAUGGCAGUCUGUCUAUCGAUGCUUUGGCCGUCUUUUGCUCAGCGUACCGAGCCAGCGCCCGCAUCUACAUGUAUCGCGCUCUCUGCAGCCUUGAAAUCUCCGAUGUGCUGGUACAAGAAAGCGUCCAGGAAGGCAUAGAUGCACUUCAACAAGGCCCCGAGAUUGGAAAGCUUGCGCAUUGCUUACUGUUCCCAUGUCUGAUGAUAGGCACUCACUGUAUUGAUCCUGAGGCUCAGCAGACUGUAUUGAGCUCACUGGAGAUUGCUGGCGACUAUCUCUCUUUCGGAUCUGUCAAGAUCAUGGAGCGUUUUCUGAAGGAUGUUUGGGCAAAUGGGGAUCCCGACACGGACUUUUGGACCAUGAUGCAAUCAGUGUCAGGCAAAGCCUUCAUGUUCUGA